AUUUUUUGUGUGCGCUAAAGCUCCGAAUUGUAGUGCACAUUUGCAGUGCUAAUAAAGGAACAAAGGGGGAGCAAAAGGAGUACUCCCUCCGUCCCGAAAAACAUGUCGCAGUGACAUUUUUGCGAAAACCCUCUCUGCGAAUUCCCGACACAACCCGCAGUCCCUGGUCGUCUCCCUCGCAGCCUCACUCGUCUCCCCUGCGCGCCGGAGUCCUCCCUCUCGGCUCCCCCUGCGCGCCGGAGCCCUCCCUCUCGGCUCCCCCCGCGCUGGAGCUCCCCUGCUCGGCUCCCCUGCGCGUCGCCGGAGCUGCCUCGGCCCACACCUCCACCGCGUUGCUUCCCUCUCCUUGUUCCCUUGCUCGUUCCCCAUGGUGAACCAUGGGAAGGAGAAGGCUCGAUUUUUGUUCUCGAUCUGCUCUCCGACGGCGGCGGCCUUCCCCGAGCUUGGCGAGCUGGAGCUGUCCCUUCCCGUCGUCGAUCUGCUCUCCGCGACGCCGCCUGCCUCCCCGGACCAUCCCCUCUCGCUCAGCCGCGACUCCCUCCCUGGAGCAGCCGCUCCCGCCCAACCCAAAGCCGCCGGCCGGAGCUACGCCGCAGCACGCUCCCUCCCUCCUCUUCUUGGGGACCGGAUUGUGGUCGAGGAGGAGCUUGCCCUUGUCGCCCAGCAGCUCCCGCUCCAACGGGCUCGUCCACAAGUCCGGCAGCACCAGCCGCUCUUCCCUCUUCCGGAAGCAGAUACAGUUUUUCUUGGUGGGCGUGGUUUUGGAACAGCCAUGUCUUCUCUAAUUUUGAAAGUGCUUGAGUUUAGAGUAUGGUCAUACUUUUGCUUAGGGGUAAUUGCUUUUCUUACUGGUGCUCCUGAUUAUGAAGAUGGUCAACUAGACACUAAGAGAUAUGGUGAGCAAUAUGCUAGCAAAGGGGAAGAUGUUGACCUCAUGUUGCUCCCUGAGCAGAUACCUUCCUAUAGAGAUCCGGUUCACAGCAAAAAACUGGUAUUGAAUUCGCCGCCGGCUCCGAGACCUCGACCGGACGGACGAAAGGCGGAUUGAAAUCAUUGCUAUGGCGCCGUAUAUUAUAUGCAGUCCCACGUUUUCCUCUUCCUUUAUUUAGGUGAGCAUCAUCACAAAACAUGCAUCAUCAGACAGGUGUAGGUUGACUGAAUAUUGACUGAAUAUUGGGCAUGUGAUAUUGAUCUGAGCAGGAUUUGUUUUUAUCUCUGAAUUUGUAUGAUAUGUGAACCCCAAAACAUGCAUCGUCAGACAGGUGUAGGUUGAUGCCCCUCCAUUUUUCACAUCACAGACUAGACUAGGUGAUCAAUUUCUUUUUAAAUGCUAGGAAAAGGGGAGGUGUUCACCAUUCUAUAGAGAGCAGAAAGAUUGAUGGCUAGGGAAACUCAUGGAGAAAAGAAGACAAAGUUCUUCAGUUAACAUUGACUGACUGAAUUGUGCGAUAGGCAGGAAGCGUCGUACCCUGUUCGGGGCUGCGCCUUCGUGUUAUAUAGCAGGGGCUUAUCCCUGGAUAUGCAUACAAGUAGUUGGAGAGAUUACAUCUUGGAAGGCAAGGAAAGAAUAAGAGAUAGAGAUAAACACAUUCGGUUUGGAGAGAAUCUAAACUAUCUCCUAACUAUCCUGUACCGAAGCCUACGUGACCUAUGCCAUCGUGACAUGAUGUUUAACACCCUCCCUUAAUCACAACUCUGACAAGUUGAGAUUACACUUAAACUCUUCAAAGCUCCGUGUAGGUAACGCCUUGGUAAAGCCAUCUGCAAGCUGAUCUCUUGAAUGAAUAAACCGGAUUUCCAACUGUUUGUUAGCAACACGUUCUCUGACAAAGUGGAAAUCAAUCUCAAUAUGUUUUGUUCUAACAUGAAAGACUGGAUUUGCGGAAAGAUAUGUGGCACCAAGAUUGUCACACCACAAGCAUAGUGCUGGGAUUCGUCUUAUACCAAGCUCUUUGAGCAAAGACUGAACCCAUAUAAUUUCUGUAGUUGCAUUUGCUAAUGCUUUAUACUCUGCUUCUGUACUGGAUCUGGAUACUGUGGCUU